AUGAAGCAGCUGAAGACGGUUGGGCUAGGACGCUGCCCUGAGGAACUCCUGCAGAGAUAUCCUGGAGCUGGAAGUGCAAUGACUGGUUUUUCUUUCAACCGGAAUGUGGUAUUGGUUUAUCGCAAAGUUGUGCUUUUUGCCACAAAAAAUUGUUUUUUACUUUUCACAGUUGGUUUCCUUGUCUUUGAUACCGAAAGAACUGUGGAUGCCGGCUGGUUCUUGCUCUCCAAAGCUCGCUACUCCAUGGGAAACAAAUGUGUUUCGUCUUUGCAGUAUGGACCGCAGAUGGAGCCUUUGGCUCAAGUCCAUGUGAGUCAGAAUGAAGAUGGUUAUUGCAACUUCAAAGUAGAGAGAGUGAGCUGUGGGGAAUUAACAAAUACGGGAGGUGUCAAGGAAGAACAGAAGGAGAUACUGGAGAUUGGAGCCCAAGAACAGGUGAGGAGGCGAAAAACCAGAUGGAAAGAACAGGAGGAGCAGAAGCUACGGUCAGAUGAGCUGGUCGGUGACUUACUGGCUUUGAAAGAAAACCCCGGUGAGGAGGAUAAGCCUGUGGGACAAGGAGGUGGACAUCAGUCCUGUCGGGACCCGCUGCGCUGGUUCGGGGUCCUUGUGCCGCAGAGUUUACGAGAUGCUCAAGCAUCUUUCAAAGAAGUUAUGGAGCUGGCAGCUGAGGUGGCAACUCUGCAGAGCAGCCUUAUGAGCACCAAGGCAGAAUACCAGGCUCUACUGCAGCAGAAACAUAAGCUCAUCGGAUGCCAGAGUGUAUGAGAGGUACUUCCUUCUGCCAACCCCAGGCCAGUCUGAGGCCCAACAGAAUGUCCUCCCCUUCACCCGUCCUCAGCCCCAGACCUGGUGAAAUGAUGCCCAUUCCAAUCAACACUGCUGUGGACUUGGUGUUUUAGACUUUGUUAAAAUCUUCAUUUUCCAGAUUCCACUGUGAACCUGUGGUUGGGAUGGUUCUGUGACUACACUGCAACAUGGGUGAGAAGUGAGGAUUGUGAAAUUGUUAUGACUGUUUGCUUUAAUCAUUUGAGUUUGCAUUUGACAUCUAAAAGGUUUCCAGUCGUCGAUUGAGAAAAUAAACCGAGAUUGGUUUUA